UGACUCAUUCCCGCGGGGUCUUCCCAGUUCAUGCAACAGUUACACUGGCACUGAGGCUGAGCCACCAAACCAUUUUGAUUUUCUCCGGCGGCGGUGAGAGCAAGAGUUUGCAGAAGAGAAGAGAAGAGAAAGAGUGAGAAGGCCAUGAACGCCCCCGACCGUUACGAGAGAUUCGUCGUCCCCGAGGGGACCAAAAAGGUUUCUUACGAGAGAGACACCAAAAUAAUAAAUGCGGCCACCUUCACAAUCGAGAGAGAAGACCACACCAUCGGCAACAUCCUCCGAACGCAAUUGCAUGGAGAUGAGAACGUUUUGUUUGCUGGCUACAAGCUUCCUCACCCUCUGCAGUACAAAAUCCUUGUUAGGAUCCACACAACCAGUCAGUCUUCUCCAAUGCAAGCAUAUAAUCAGGCUAUAAACGAUCUGGAUAAGGAACUUGAUCAUCUGAAGAGUGCAUUUGAGGUUGAGGUAGAAAAGCAUUCAAGGGACUUCUAAUGUGUGUUUGAGGCGCUCAGUUAACCAGGGGUUUUGUGUUAUGACUUUGAAAGGAAAAACAACCAAAUAACUUUGAGACAUCUGCAAUGCAUGCUAUUCAGGCUUUUGUAAUGACACUAUUUUGAAAUCUGUCUCAAAGUUGUUCAAGAAACAAUCCUUCUGCUUUCUCUAUUAUGUUUUCCUAACCAAGCUGACUGAUUGAUAAAUGUUACUUAUCUAUGAUAUAUUUGUGCAUUUGCUAAUGAUAUUUGAUAGUUAAAUGGUUCUGUAUUUCA